AAUUUCGAUCCUUUCGACGACCGACCGCACGACGAUAUCGACAAUUCCCCCCUCGGACACACCACAGCCCACGCAGUCAAGAUGCGGUACAUUCACUCCGAGGAAACGCUGCCCGUCCCCGAGAAUGUGAAGGUUCACAUUCGCUCUCGCGUUGUGACCGUCGAGGGACCCCGAGGCAAGCUCGUUAAGGACCUUUCUCACAUCGCCGUCACCUUCGGCCGCCCCGAGAAGAAUGUCAUCAGCAUUCAGCUGCACCACGGUGCUCGCAAGGGUAUCGCCACCCUCCGCACCGUCCGCACCCUCAUCAACAACUUGAUCAUCGGUGUCACCAAGGGCUUCAAGUACAAGAUGCGUUACGUCUACGCUCACUUUCCCAUCAACGUCAACCUUGAGAAGAACGCCGAGACCGGCCAGGUCGAAGUUGAGAUCCGUAACUUCUUGGGUGAGAAGUACGUCCGCCGCGUGACUGCCCAGCCCGGUGUUGAGAUCGCCGUCUCCACCAACGUCAAGGAUGAGCUCGUCCUCUCCGGUAACUCCCUUGAGGGUGUCUCCCAGAGCGCUGCCGACAUCCAGCAGAUCUGCAGAGUCCGCAACAAGGAUAUCCGUAAGUUCCUUGACGGUCUGUACGUGUCGGAGCGGGGUAACAUUGUCGAGGAGUAAGCGGUUGGAAAUGUCCGCCUUGGUGGGUAGUGAAGGAAUGUUCGAAGAAUACAUUUUCGCCUACUUGCAUAGGGAAGCAACGCGAAAUUUAAAACCCAAAAUUAUGGAAUUUCAAAUGCCCAGUUAACGUGUCCACGGGGUUUGUCUGGCAUUUGCUUACUCCGCUGGCGAAGCGUGGCGUGUAGAGAGACUCGAAAACUUGGUUGGCCUUUUUUUUUCUUCUAAUCUUUUGGUCUCGCCUUCUGCUGUCUCGAGGAGAGUGCAAUCCCCCAUUUGGGUGACUCUCGCCUAGGCUCGUAUGUAGUUCGGCCAUAGAAUGUUCUAAUUCAUGUACCCCAAUUCUCCACGACAUCUUCUCC